CGUGAGAUGUGAUUGGCUGAGUGGAGCGCGAGUGGGCCUAUCAGGACGGCUAGGGGGAGGGCGCUACACGGGAGCGAGUUCGGGCGCCGCGGACGGGUGCUGUGCGGCGCCGCGGGCGGGAUGGAGGCGGCGGCGGAGCCUGGAAACCUGGCAGGUGUCCGGCACAUCAUCCUCGUCCUCUCGGGAAAGGGGGGGGUCGGGAAAAGCACCAUCUCUACGGAGCUGGCCUUGGCCCUGCGCCAUGCAGGCAAGAAGGUGGGGAUCCUCGACGUGGACCUGUGUGGCCCCAGCAUCCCCCGCAUGCUUCGGGCACAGGGCAGGGCCGUGCACCAGUGUGACAGUGGCUGGGUCCCCGUCUUUGUGGACCAGGAGCAGAGCAUCUCCCUCAUGUCUGUGGGCUUCCUGCUGGAGAGCCCGGAUGAGGCUGUGGUGUGGAGGGGCCCCAAGAAGAACGCUCUGAUAAAGCAGUUCGUGUCUGAUGUGGCCUGGGGACAGCUGGACUACCUGGUUGUGGACACACCACCAGGGACCUCGGACGAGCACAUGGCCACUGUGGAGGCACUGCGCCCCUACAGCCCGCUGGGGGCCCUCGUGGUCACUACGCCCCAGGCAGUGUCUGUGGGGGAUGUGAGGCGGGAGCUGACCUUCUGUAGGAAGACAGGGCUGCAGGUGGUUGGGGUCGUGGAGAACAUGAGUGGUUUCGUCUGUCCACACUGCGCAGAGUGCACCAACGUCUUCUCCCGGGGAGGUGGGGAGGAGCUGGCCAGACUCGCCGGAGUCCCCUUCCUGGGCUCUGUGCCUCUGGACCCUGAGCUCACGAGGAGCCUGGAGGAAGGUCGAGACUUCAUCAGGGAUUUCCCUAACAGUCCCGCCUUCCCCGCGCUCUCCUCCAUAGCCCAGAAGGUUCUGAGCCAGGCGCCUGCUCGGCUCUCCUAACCAAGGCAGCCCCCUCUUGUGUCUCCUGGCCGUGUGCGCACAGACCGAAGCAGAGGCCGUGGCAGUGCAGGCGUCUCCCCGCCCCAGGAGCCACAUCUGUGUGUCAGAGCCACCGGCAGUGGGUGGUUCUCCCCGGUGGGCCGGAGGCAGGGCCCAGGGGAAGGUGUGGGCCUUGGCAGUGAUGGCACAUCCGCUCUUCCCGGCACGGUGCUCACAUGCCCUGGACCCACGGCCGGGCUGCUCCUGGGAGCCAGGGCUCCACGGCGGUAACCAAGCUUGCACGGCUGGAAAAUCCUGGGGCGUCCGCCAUCCUCAGGGCCACCCUGAGCGAUGCUGGGGACAGCGGGGAGCGCCUUGUGAAGGGUUAGACUUGUUAACUUCAGAGGAACCCACAAUUAAAUGUGUUCUGCCACA